GAGAUCAUGAUCCAAGCUGAAACCAAGAGUUGGACACUGAGCCACUCAGGAGCCCCAGGAGACCCAAAUUUAAAGCAAACCCAUGCUCAGUGAGCUGAUUGGACACUGUCUACAGCUAAAAGUCUUCCUACUUUUGCUACAACUCCAGGAAAACAUUGAGUAAAAGUUGUGGUGACAAUUUUAAUUUCUUCCUAACUAGUGUAAAUUCUUCUAAAAUAUUACAGGUUGAAGUUAUGGCUUUGGAGAAAACUACAGAGCACAAAUGAGACUGUGGAGGGACCUGCAGUGUAAUCAGCGGCUGCUUUCUAUGGGCACGAGUGCAAUAGUCCUGGCUACCUGCUCUUUCUGGCACCAUCUCUCUCAGUUCAAGACAGCAAACCCCAGAUAGAUUCGAACUGAGGAGACGCACCCCGUAGUACGCUGGCGGCUUCAACGCGAAGCCUCAACACCCAGGUGACAGCAGUUCCUACGCAUACGAUUGAACAUAAUCUUUAAGCUGAAGGAUCCUCAUCAUGAGAAGUACGGCAAAUCGUAAGUCACUGUCGGUACUGUCAUUUAUCUUGGCCUCCUGGAUCAUUUUUACAGUCUUUCAAAACUCCACAAAGAUACGGACUGCGCUUAAGUUGCCCAUCUCCCUCCAUCACUGGAACUUUAUCGCGAAGUCCUCAAGUCCUCAGUUACCACUGCAUCCAGUAGUUUCAUCAGUAGAGACGGAGAUAAGAAUAAAGAGAAUCAUAGAGAAGCUAGACCAGCUGAUCCCACCCAGACCUUUCACCCACAUAAGCACCACCACCAGUGCCGCACACAGCACAGCCACCAUCCUCCACCCUCGAGACACCUACUGCAUUGGGGAUCAGCUAGACAUCCUGCUGGAGGCGAGGGACCACUUUGGACACAGGAAGGAAUAUGGCGGGGAUUUCCUGAGGGCCAGGAUGUCCUCCCCAGUGCUGAAGGCAGGUGCUUCCGGAAAGGUGACAGACUUCAACAACGGUACCUACCUUGUCAGUUUCACCCUCUUCUGGGAGGGCUGGGUCUCUCUGUCUAUUCGGCUCAUCCACCCCAGUGAGGGGGUGUCGGCUCUCUGGAGGGCAAGGAACCAAGGCUACGACAGGGUGAUCUUCACAGGCCAGUUUGCCAGUGGCAGCUCCCAUGUGGAUACUGAUUGUGCCCUGGUUUUGAACUCCAGCGCUGAGCUGUGUGAGUACCUGGACGCUCAGGACCAAGAAGCCUUCUACUGUGUGAGACCUCAGCACCUGCCCUGUGCCGCACUCACUCACAUGCACUCCAGGAGCACGGCUGUUUCGUAUCUGAGCAGACAAGAGCGGAGGCUCUUUGAAAGGUCGAAUGUGGGUGUAGAGAUUAUGGAAAACAAUGCCGUUAAUGUCUCCAAAUGCAACGCAGGAAAAAACGUUCCAAUGAAAAAGAAAUGCAAGUUUGGAAUGGCAUCCACAGUCCCUGGUGGACAUGUCUGGAAGGAGACAUGGAAUCCUGUCUCCUGUAGUUUGGCUCCAAUCAAAAUGAAAGAAUGUCUAAGAGGAAAAUUCAUAUAUCUAAUGGGAGAUUCCACGAUCCGCCAAUGGAUGGAAUAUUUCAAAAACAAUAUCAAGACACUGAAGUCAGUGGAUCUGCAUGAAUCUGGAAAACUUCAACACCAGCUUGCUGUGGACGUGGACGAGAAUAUCCACAUCCAGUGGCAGAAGCACGGUUACCCUUUGAUUGGAUCAUUGACCUAUUCAGUGAAAGAAAUUGAGUACAUCGCCCGAGUCAUUGACAGAACUGGAGGAGGAAAAAACACGGUCAUCGUUAUUUCUCUGGGCCAGCAUUUCAGACCCUUCCCCAUUGGUGUUUUCAUCCGAAGGACCCUCAAUGUUCACAAAGCUGUUCAGCGUCUUCUUCUGAGAAGCCCAGACACUAUGGUUAUUAUCAAGGCAGAAAACAUCAGGGAGCUGCACAGUGAUGUGGAAAGAUUCAGUGACUUUCAUGGCUAUGUCCAGUAUCUUGCCAUUAAGGAUAUUUUUCAGGAUCUCAAUGUGGGGUUCAUUGAUGCCUGGGAUCUAACGAUUGCAUAUGGCACAAAUAAUGUCCACCCAUCUCAAUCUGUAGUCAGAAAUCAAAUUAGUAUAUUGUUAAACUAUAUUUGCUAGAUAACACCUCUGAAAUCCAUUCACUUAAUUAAAAACAUUUAUAAAGUGUUCGCUAUCAUGCCAGUUCCUCGUUGGGCUCUGACCUCCCAGUUAGCACGAGAUCAUCUGCUCUACGGCUAAUCCAUAAACCGCCGAUUCAAAUAAAUUAUUUUUAAUUGGGCCCCCACUUAAGAAUAAAGAUUAAAAAUGCCCAUGAAAAGGACCUAUAUUUCUUGAUCAGUCCUGCUACUCUCCACAAAUGGGAAGUCAAGACCCCUAAUGGUUAAAAGUUGUCUCUGAUUCAUGGAAAUCCAGUGCAAUAAAUUUAUUUUAAAAUA